AUGGCGAUGGAACUACAAAGGCCUCGUGCCCUAGCUGUAGGACAAUAUUCAUUGGCAAUUUCUCCACCGUAUGUGAUAAAUUACGGUUCUCCUGUCUUCGUGUGGCUUACAUUUUCUACCUGGAAUCAAAACCUUCCGCCCUUGGGAACCGGUAUUCGACCGAUUUUCCUUGAUUUCUCGUCCGAAAUCUGCGAUCCUGAAAAGGCCCAGCUAGAGAAAGCCCUUGGCGAGCUACGAUCAGAGUGCGAAAGAAGAAAGACCGAAGCGCUCAGAACUCAGGCAGCUCUACACGGAAUAAAAGCUCAGGUAGCUAGUGCCCAAACUUGGGAAGCGGUCCACAAGCGGGCCACUACCAAAAUUAUCAAGAUGACGAACUGCAUGCCUGAACUUAGGGCGACCAACGAGAGUCUACAAGAAGCCAACCGAGACUUAACGAUAGCUCUCGAACUAUCGAAGUCUGAAUCUAUAUCACUAAAGAGUAAGCUCGGAACUGCGGAGCAACAAAUUACCACGUUUGACGAGGAGAGACGGGAUUUCCAAAACAAGGUCGAGGAAUUGGAGCGACAGCUAUCCGCCCUUCACAAGGACUGCCAAAUUGCCUGCGACCAAAGCGAGCUCUCGCAGGACAGAACCUUACGAUGCGAUGGGAAGUUGAGGGUAACCGAAGCGCUGGUAGCGACGUUACAAGCAACAAAAAGCAGCGUGUUCUACUAUCUCUAACCGUACGUGCGAUCAUUGAUUACUUGCAUCAAUUGAUGAAAAAGAAGGACUUUUCGUUACUCGAGAUGCUUCUCCCCACCGAGAGAAGUCCCGCUCACCAUGGUAUAGUGAACAGCUCGAACCAAUGUCGAUCGCAGGUCAAGAAGUCGAAGUGAUCUCCGAGAGUCGUCCCCUCU